GCUACACGCUACAUCCGCAGCUCUAAUCGAUGCGACGAGGGAGAUCCUCCUCGAUUCGGAUUUCGAGAACGCCAUGAAGGUAUUGACCUCCUGGAUCCCAAUCAAGGACGAGGACCUUCUCAUGCGCGUGGCAAGAACCGAAUAUAAGUUGCGGAAAAAGCGAGCGAGUGCUUGAAAGAGGAUGCCGCUCCGAUCCUUUGGACUCGACCAAAUCUAUGGGAAGCCGAUGAGGAGCGGGAUCGGGAAGUUGAGUGGGGUCCUGGCCCGCCACUCCGCAUAUCCUUACUUGUUUGAGCAACACUUAACGGGCCAGCGUCGAUCUUCUGAGAUCAGUGGCUUGACGGCGUCGCGUGCAAUCAACGUGGCUGUCACGUUCCCGCGACGGCGAUCCGCAAAACCCUGCUUUUCUGACAAGAUGGUAAACUUUUCAUCCACUUAUAGCAAACUCUCCAGUACACUAUUGUCACCUCGGCACAGCAGCGCAACGCCAACUUUUCGAGCUUGCGCCCCUAUCGAACUUUCUUUACAGUUUCAUCUUGCUGCAUCCAAAACGGGUCGCAGUGUCCCGGCUGCGUCUGCUCAGCAUCUCUCCUUUCUCAUGGCGCAUUGGGUCACAUGUUCUCACGGCAGCGCUUCAUAAGAUACCUCUUUGUUUUACAGUCAUGGUUGAUGAACGGCACAUAUAGUCACUUGUAGUAUAAUUGUUAAUACAACUAAAGGAUAUGUUCGAGAUGAAGCGAUUUACCCAGAAAACGUGCAA